GCUGCGAGGCUAGGUAUUAAAGAUAAUUUAGCUGUCGACGCCGAAAACGCAUUGCUUUUUUUACGGCAGACAUUUAUAGGAGCUGUUAGCUUGUUAGCUAGCCUGCGCGUUAGCCAUCGCUCCCAACCGAGGCAGAGGAAAAGUCCACUUUUGAUAUCUUUACCGCAGGAUUAUCGCCCAGACUGCUGUGGCAUAAUGACGUCAAGGAAGAAAGUACUACUCAAAGUCAUCAUUCUCGGAGACUCUGGUGUUGGGAAGACUUCGUUGAUGAACCAGUAUGUGAAUAAGAAGUUCAGUAACCAGUACAAAGCCACAAUAGGUGCUGAUUUCCUGACAAAAGAAGUAAUGGUGGAUGACAGACUUGUCACAAUGCAGAUCUGGGACACAGCAGGCCAGGAAAGGUUCCAGUCCUUAGGUGUAGCCUUCUAUCGUGGAGCUGACUGCUGUGUCCUAGUGUUUGAUGUGACAGCACCCAACACCUUUAAGACUCUAGACAGCUGGAGGGACGAGUUCCUGAUUCAAGCCAGCCCUCGAGACCCUGAGAAUUUCCCCUUUGUGGUGCUGGGCAACAAGAUUGACUUGGAGAACAGACAGGUAACAACCAAGCGAGCACAGGCUUGGUGUCAGAGUAAGAACAACAUCCCGUAUUUCGAAACCAGCGCCAAGGAGGCAAUCAACGUGGAACAGGCCUUUCAGACUAUUGCACGCAACGCUCUUAAACAGGAGACCGAAGUGGAGUUGUACAACGAGUUCCCUGAGCCAAUAAAGCUGGACAGGAACGAGCGAGCCAAGCCUUCAGCAGAGACCUGCAGCUGCUGAGGACUCUGAGGAUCAUGGGAGGGUUGUCACCACCCUCACUACCCUGUCUUGCCUUGUCUGUAUAUCCCCUUUCCCUUGGCCCACUGUGUUAAUUCCCAACAUACGAGCAGCAUCCCACACAAAGAGUAUACUACGACAACACAAACAUGCUGCACUCACCUCCUUAUGUAUACAAACCACACAUUUUCUAUAAAAUAUGAGUAUCGUAGCCCAAAGAACACCUUACGGAAACAGUAUGGCAUUUACUUGUAUGAUGCUUAUUACUUCCCAGUGUUUCCGCAUGUACGUUUUCAUAGCGGUGGUGGUUAGGGCUAAUCUUAUUUCGGUUCCUUGUGUGUCGCUGCUUUCACACCCAGAUUCGGUUAUAAUUGCUUUUAUUUGGAUCAUUUAAUAAAUUGAAGCAUUAUCUCUAUACAUGUUUGUGUUUAUGAGCAAAGAAAUCAAAGUUUCUUUAGCAGUGGUGCUUGUUUUCUUACUUUCACUGCCCACCACUUCUGCAUGAAUAGAGGAAACACUGCUCCCACCUUUUUUGUUUUUUUUUGUUUUGUUUUUUUGUUUUUUUUUUUUUGUUUUUUUAACUUGUGUGUUGUGACUUAAAUUUGUUUCACUCUCAAAAACACUUGUUACCAUGAUUUCACUUUACCUCGUGCAACCUUAAAAAGAAAACUCCGAAACAUAAACGGAGUCGGAACUGAAGUAGUGAAGGAUCGGAAAACAUGAGGGUCAGUGUGACGAUCACGAUAUCCUGCCUGCUGAUUCUUGAUAACUGGCAUAGCGAGAAUUGGAAUUCCAGUUCAAUGACAAGUCAGGCAGGCAAGUGUAUACAGCAGUUGUUUAUUAUUGUUGUUUUUCUGCACUUUGCUGUCAUCCACAGUAACUGAAGACUUGUUCAAACAUCUCAUUUUAGAGCCACAGUAAAAGCAAUUGUAGCUCAGGUUGAGGACAGUGUGUGAAUCCAGACUUGGUUCCUUGAUGCAAGUGCUGUCCGUAACAUAAUAAUUGCUAUUCCUCUAUUGGAGAAAUGAAGAUUAAUCUUGUAAUCGGUUAUUCCUGGUACAGUAUUUGACGUGGCAAUGAACCAAACCAAGACAGCACGUUGUUCUGCCUGAUGGUCCAGGAGAGGAAACAGAUUUCUUUCACAUAUCAUCCAUAUCGGAAUACAUUUCUUUUUGCU